CAGUUGGCAGCAAUGCCGAAUGACAUUAGCUGUCAAAUUUUUUGGACAGCUGAAGUGCGACCAACUUCGGGUUUCUUUCUUUUUGACGUGCUCUUUUAGAAAAAGUGCUCAAAUAUGACCAUUCGUCCAGCAUAUAGGCCAAAAAUCGUAAAGAAGCGCACCAAGCACUUCAUCCGUCAUCAAUCGGAUCGUUAUGCUAAGUUGUCGCACAAAUGGCGUAAACCAAAAGGUAUUGACAACAGAGUACGUCGUCGCUUCAAGGGUCAAUACUUGAUGCCCAACAUUGGUUACGGUUCCAAUAAGCGUACCCGUCACAUGCUCCCCACCGGCUUCAAGAAGUUCGUUGUCAACAAUGUUAAGGAACUCGAAGUUUUGAUGAUGCAAAACCGUGUCUACUGCGGUGAAAUCGCCCACGGUGUCUCCUCCAAGAAACGCAAGGAAAUCGUUGAGCGUGCCAAGCAAUUGUCCAUCCGUUUGACAAAUCCCAAUGGUCGUGUUCGUUCACAAGAGAAUGAAUAAACAUUUUAUUAAGUUUAUGCUAAACUUUUUUUACUUUUUGUUUAUUCAAAAUAAGAUCUGAAUAUAAGAAAAAUUAGAUUUUAAACGGA